AUGUCUUCCAUAUCCAAACCCGUGAAAUUGAAGCGAGCUAGCGUCGCUUGCAACUCGUGCCGAGAAAGCAAGCUCAAAUGCCUCAACAACUCAAACAUGGCAACGUGCCAACGGUGCAACAACUUGAACAUCAAAUGCACCUACACUUUGAAACACUCCCAAUUGAAACGAAAGAAACUGGCCAGGGCUGAACCUCAACUAAACCCAAUAACGGUGACUUUACCAGAUAAGGAGACCAUACUUGAGGUAAUUGAAAUCUUUUUCAACAACCAAUACACGGGCAUAUUCCGCCUCUUCCAUAAACCGUCAUUUAUCUCAUUUUUGCAAAGCGACAAAUUCGACCCGACCCUGUUUAUAGAGAACCCGCCCCCAACAACCUCGCUUCUAGAACCAACCCCGAUCGUGCUCCUCGGCAUACUCGCACUAUGCGCAAGACUACACCCGACACUCCCUAAAAGCUACGGCACGUUUGAAGAGGCCAACGCCGCCUCGUUCCAGCCAAACCCAAACAACACCUUCACCCCGGAAUCAGCCUCGAGCUCCUCCAACUAUUUCGGAUAUCACGCAAAGCGAAUCUUGGGCCAAGACUUUGAAACUCCCACCUUCAGCAAAGUGCAGGCGUUGUGCGUGUUGAGCAGCCAUGAAUGGGGCGAAGGCAACGCGUCGCGAAGCCACAUGUAUCUGGGGAUCGCGGCGCGCAUGGCGAUGAUCUUGGGCUUGGACGAAGAAGACCCCGACUUGACCUACCAAAGUCAUUUCUUGGAGCUGGAAGUGCGACGGAGAACCAUGUGGAGCGUGUAUUUGAUGGAUCGAUGCAACGCCAGCGGCCGCGGAAGCAAAUCGUGCAUUGAGUUAAAAGACGUCAAAGUCCGUCUACCGUGCGAUGAAAAGAGCUUCAUUUUCGGCACUGGACAAGAACAGAGCUUUAGAGAUGAUGUAACGCAGUUUAUUGAAAAGAACAACUCCGUGGAGUUGGCCAAGGUGUCCUGCUGUGGAUACAUGGUUUAUUUAUUUGAAAUAUGGAGAAACAUCUCCAAAUGGGUCGGGGAGAUGGGUGGGAAACUCGAACGACGAGCACCGUGGGACCAGGAAUCUCCUUAUUACAAAUUUGGCGUCGAGUUGGACAUGUUCCAAGAGCGCCUUCCGCAAUAUCUCCGAUUCGAAGCAAUGAAUGCCCACAUCGCCAAUGGCCUGGCGACGGAGUUUGCUUAUUUCCACGGCCUCUACUUUUUAUGCCGCGUGUUUCUAUGCCGCGAGUAUUUCUACUCGGCGCCGGAGUCUUUGCCAGCUGGCUGGUGGAAAGACCAAGCAACGAAGCUCUUCAACAGCUUGAAAGCGUUGGACUCGAUAACCAAGACUUUGAAACCGAUAAACCUCAUGGUGAUUGCUCCUUUUACGGGGUUUGAAGUGUUCACCACUGGCUCAACCAGCUUGUACAUUGCCGCGUACCCGAGCAAGGUCUUGCGCGCGCAUUUCAACGAGGACAUCUCGCAAACCUUUCUGAAGAUGGCUAAGGAUUCGUUGGAAACAUUGAAAAGCUGGAAAAACACGUGGGGGUUGGGCCAGAAAUGGAUCGAAACGAUGAAGAAAUUAAAGGAUAUGUUGGCGCGGAUCGCUGAUGUGCAAGAUGAUGAGUUUCGUCACAAAAUGCACGAUUAUGGCAACAUUGAGCAGAAGUCUAUGCAUAUACUGCAUUUGGUCUCUGGGGAAGAGCGCACUACUAAUAAGGAAGAUAGCAUGACUGUUGACUUGUUGAACAGUUUGGAUUUAGGUAGUUUGUUCCCUGAUUGGAUUGAUGCAAUGAUAUGA